AUGACGGAAUACAUACCGCCACCGCACGUGAUGUCGGUGCUGAAAACGUACCAGGACAAGGCGCCCAAGAGUCUGCACGGUCCGGGGCUGUCGUUGGUGCACCCGAGCAAGAGUGCCGGCUCGAUCGGACGGUCCACGACGCCGGAACACGCUGCCGCUAGUGGACAUCACCACCACCAUCAUGACGACGAGCGGCAGUCCCCGCCACACCAGCAGCAGCGCCUCACGUCGAUCGUCCCAUCGGCGAUGGCGGGGCUGGGCGUUCCACCGCCACCGAUUUUGCCACCGGUCCCGGCCGUCCCCAUCAUGACCACGCCCGAUCCUGAUUGCGGCAUCGUGAACAUGACCGUGCUGGAGGGCAAACGGAUCGGAUGCUUUCUGCUUGGCGGCGAGAUGCGGCUCUGUUUGCCGCAGAUCUUCAACAACAUCCUGAUGGACUUUAGCGUGGAGCAGAUUAACCGCAGCAUCCAGGAGCUGAUGAUCUACCUGUACAACUGCACCGACCAGCAGCUGCAGGAGUUCAAGCGGGCCAACAUCAUCCCGGACACGGCCAAAACGUGCGGGCUGAUCACGCGCACGAACGCGGAGCGCCUGUGCAGCUCGCUGCUGCACCAGGCCCAGGACCUGCGGCCGACGGGCAAAGGGGGCGCCGGGCUGGGCGGGAUGGGCUCGGGGUCGUUCCGGGUGUACCACCGGUGCUUCGGCAAGUGCGAGGGCAUCAUGACGCCGGAGCUGUACAGCUACGACGAGCCGGCCUGCAUCGAGUGCUGCGAGUGCCACGGCAUGUACUCGCCCCAGAAGUUCGUCUGCCACCAGCACGAGCCGCAGGAGAUCCGCACCUGCCACUGGGGGUUCGAUUCCAGCUACUGGCGGCUGUACAUACACGUGCUGGACAGUGAUAAGAACCGCGAGGAGCACACGCAGAUACUGAAGAAGAUCUGGCACAAGGAGCGCGAGAUCGAGCAGGAGCUGGCCGAGUACGAGCGCGAGCUGUGGAUCGCGAGACGAAAGGACGACCAUUAG